AUGCCACCCGGUGUAGGAGGAUACCGCCAGAUUAACAAGGCUCUAAAUAUAUGUGCCUUUGAAGAUUACCUGGAAAGCCAGCAGAAUAAUCUGCCCGAACUGCCGGACGUUGAGCAGUUCACUCUGCAGGGAACAAACACAUUCAUCGUAGGUACCGGUCCGGAACGCCUUAUCAUUGAUACAGGCCAGGGCAUUCCGGACUGGGCAGACCUUCUAGAUCACACAUUAGCAGAAAAUGGAAUUUCGCUAUCCCACGUACUUUUAACUCACUGGCAUGGCGACCAUACGGGGGGUGUUCCAGACCUCAUUCGCAUGUACCCGAAGCUUGCUCCAUCGAUAUACAAGCAUUCGCCGAGCAAAACCCAGCAGCCUAUUGCAGACGGCCAGAUCUUCAAGGUCGAAGGAGCCACAGUCCGCGCGGUGCACACCCCAGGUCACUCCAGUGACCACAUGUGUUUUAUCCUCGAGGAGGAGCAGGCUAUGUUCACGGGGGACAACAUACUCGGCCACGGCACCUCUGCCGUGGAGCAUCUCAGCACCUGGAUGGAUACUUUGCACAAGAUGCAGUCGCAGGGAUGCGUCAAGGGAUACCCUGCUCAUGGUAUUGUCAUUGACAACCUGCGGUCCAAGAUUGCCGGCGAGCUGGCAACAAAAGUGCGGCGCGAGAAACAGGUUUUGAAGGCGCUGGUGCAGGCCAAGUGCGAAGAGCAAGGCCGUGGAAAAAGUAGUGUGACGGUCAAGCAGCUAGUGACGAGUAUUUAUGGGGAUAGCGUGGAUGGAGGAGUCAGACAACUGGCCCUGGAACCCUUCAUGGAUGAGGUUCUACGGAAAUUGGCCGAGGAUGGCAUUGUCGCCUUCGAAAUCAGGGGAGGAGUCAAGAAGUGGUUUGUCCUUGAGCAAUAG